AUGUCUCAAACCCCCGCAGAGGCCCUUGACAGAGCUCUUACAGGCAUCACCAUCGGCAGAGGCUCCCUCACGGACGAGCAGCUGAACAAUGCCGUCAACCGUCUCGCGCGUCAAGUUUCAGUGAACCAAGAUCGCCCGGAGGUUGUGUUGGCACCUCUCGCUGUCGCACGUGAGCAUCUCAAAGCAGAGCACGAGGAGUUUCUUUGUGAAAGUGAGUCCUUGGACGCUCAGAUAAAGCAAAUCGAUGCCGAGAAGCAGGCGCUAGCCCACGAAAAGAGCGUCAUGGAUCGCGAAAGACAAGCGCUGGAUGCUGAGGAGAAGAAGUUGUUUGUAGAGAGGCAGCACUUGAAAGCCGAGAAGAGGAUCGUAAGAGCCCGCCAUGAGGCUCUUGUCCAGGGCUCUGUGCAAGUUCCACGGGAGGAAGAAAGCACCAAAGAACAGACUCAGCAAGGAAAAAGCCAGGUUAGUAGAGGCCCAAAUAUCCAGCACGUCAUGGCACUUUAUAACUUUAGGCAUGUUGAAGCCAUCACAUUCUUUGGCGUUUCUGUCUAA